GGGAUGUGAUUGUGCGUGUUUGGGACGACAGAGAGGAGCGCGAGCACAAUCAAGGCAAAAGUCCGACAGCGGGGAGAGCGCGCUCCCAAAUCACGUGGGGCUGUGGAUUUAUUCAGAGAAAAAGUAAAAGUGCCGUCAAAGUGACUUUUUUUUGCUCCUAGAUUUUGUUUUUCCUCUUUCCUUUCUCUCUCUUUUUCUGCCUUUCCACCCCCCUCCGCCCUGCAUUCCGCGGAGCAGCUGUGUUUUAAUGCCCCUGCGCACCCGAGAGGCAGAGGAAGGAGAGAAGAGUGAGGAAGAAGAAGAAGAAGAAGUAGUGAGGAGGCCUGGACACCACCCCUCCUCGCCCUCUGGAGGUCCGUCCACUCUCCCCUCCUGGCCCUGCAUGGACGGGGAUGGGGAGAGCCGGAUGCUGUUGCAGCGGGGCUGAGCGCCUCGCCUCCGCGUCUCCGGUGCGCCGCUUCCGGCCGCUGCUCCUGCUGAUCAUCGCUCUCUGCUCCGGUGCUCACAUAGGUCAGUGCCAGGUGGCCACCCCGCAGUGUCGGAUCCAGAAGUGCACCACUGACUUCGUCUCCCUGACGUCCCACCUGACCCCGGCCGUGGAUGGCUUCCACACCGAGUUUUGCAAAGCUUUGCGCGCGUACUCCGCCUGCACCCAGAGGACCGCCAAGUCUUGCCGGGGAAACCUGGUGUUCCACUCGGCCGUGCUGGGAAUCUCGGACCUGAUGAGUCAGAGGAACUGCUCCAGGGACGGGCCCACCUCCUCCACGCACCCGGAGGUCCAGCUCGAGCCCUGCAACUACCACAGCCGCACCCAGCACGCCCACGCGCACGCUCACGGGCACUCGCACGCGCACUCCCACGGUCACGGCCACCCUCGGCCGGCGUACCUGUUCUGCGGGCUCUUUGGGGACCCGCACCUGAGGACGUUUAAGGACAGUUUCCAGACGUGUAAGGUGGAGGGGGCGUGGCCUCUCAUUGAUAAUGACUAUCUGUCAGUGCAGGUCACUAAUGUUCCAGUGGUCCCUGGCUCCAGCGCGACGGCAACCAAUAAGGUCACCAUCAUCUUCAAGCCUUACGAGGGCUGCACGGACCAGAGGGUCUACCAGGCCGUCUCCGACAGCCUCCCUGCCGCCUUUGAUGAUGGAACCGUGAGCAGCGGAGACCCCAUCCACGCCUCUGCGGGCGCCGACGGCACGACGGGGAAGGUGCGGGCCCUGUGGAUCUCGGAGCGUAGCCCGGGGCGCCACGUGGAGCUGCACGCCGGCUACAUCGGCGUGACCGUGAUCGUCCGUCAGCUGGGCCGCUACCUGACCCUGGCGGUGCGGAUCCCGGAGGAGCUGGCCCAGGCCUACGACGCCACCCAGGACCUGCAGCUCUGCCUGAACGGGUGUCCCAGCGGGGAGCGCAUCGACCGGGCGGGCCACCUGCCCCUGCCCCCCUCCCCUCCGGCGCUCGGCCUGCAGCUGCAGCAGCUGCGCCGGCCCGGCUACUCCUCACAGACGCAGGCGUCCCCCUAUGCCGCCGCCGCCGCGCAGGUUUUUGGUCGGGAGGGCGCGGAGGAGCGCUGCAGGGACCAGCUGGAGGUCCAUGACAUUUACUUUCACUCCUGUGUGUUUGAUCUCCUGACCACCGGAGACGCUAACUUCACCGUGGCGGCGUACAGCGCGCAGAAAGACAUGGAGAGCCUUCAUCCUCACCGGGACAGAUGGAGGAUCUACCCUCGUGGCUCCGCCGCCUCCACCCUACACUCUGAUACUCGGCCCAUCAGACAGCUCGCUCUCAUCCUGCUGUGUGCUUUGAGGGCUGCUUUUAUGUGAGAGCGGGACUUCUUGUGAAUGUCUGUGCACUAGAAAGACAGUUUUGAGAGCUGCUUUUUUUUUUUCUUUCCCCCCCUUUCUGCUGAGCACUGAGGGCUGGUCCGUACUGCAGAACACAGCAGGCUGGACAGACCUGCGUCUCCCCUGGAGGAACCGGCCCUCUGCAGGUGAAGAAACAAAGCAGAUGAGACGACCUUCACUUUUCCUUCAUCUUUAGAUAGAGCGCAACCGACAAUGACACAAAUGCUUCUGUGCGGGUGAAUCAAGUGUAAAUAGUUCAUUUUGUCUUCAGUGCACAGUGUAAUGAUGUAGACUUUGUUUUUGUGCCAUUUGAUGUGAUUUUUUUUAUUACCUCAGACAGAGGAUGUUUGUUUUAACAAAAGCACUUUAUUUUUUUUUUCUCUGAAAUCCACAUCAGUGUUUUCUCCUCUCACUUGCUGUCAUCCACAGAAAUCUGCAAAGAUUUCAGCUUUAGGGAUCAAUAAUUUGGUUUCCCAAUCCUUUACAGUGAAUAAAAUGCUGGGAGCUACCAUUUGUCAUUCUUCCUGUAGCUGAUUUGAGUCAGCGACUCAGUUUGAGUUAAUGUGAGCAGUUCUGUUGAAUGUAUUGUGAAUAUUGUCACAGCAGAUGCCAUCAGUCUGGUUUUGUUACGAUAUGAAUUUGUUGCUUUCUCUCAGUCCUGAUUUCAACCGUGUACAUGGGUUUGUGCGGGUGCUGCAGUGUUUUUUAUUAGCCGGUGACAUGUUUGAAUGUGUGUUUUUUUUUUUUUGUUUUUUUUUAUUUCAUCUGACUCCAAUUGGAGGUAUUCACACCUCUUUGCCAAUUCUCCGCUGUGACUAUUCUGGCUCAUGUUUUCUAGUGUGUUGUUAUUAGUGUCUGGGUAGCUUUGGAUGGUAUCAUUUGAGCCAAAGACUGUUUUUAUGUACAAAUGAAAUGACAAGUCAAUGCCAAACCAGCACCAUUUCCCUUCUCAGAGUUUCUGAAAAGGUUUGAAACUUGCUACUGUAUACUUUUUUUUUUAUUAUUUCUCUGCCAGAAUUUACAAGCUGCUCCUGUCACAUGUAGAAUACUGGAAACAAAAACUGCGAAUAUCUAGAAAUAACUUCACUACACUGUGUGCUGGGAUUUGCGCUUCAGCAUCAUGUUGUGGGGCUUUCAUACCCAUUGAAAUUUCAACCCCGAAGCCUGUUUUUAAAAUCUUAACAUUCGGUAUAAUUCUACUCGAUUAGUUUCGAUCUGUGACCUCGAUCUCAGUUUCUGGCUUUUUGAUCCUUUCAUCAUGUGUGAGUGUCCGUUUGGUGAAGAGUGACUGGUCGAUGUUGAAAUACUUAACUUAUUUAUGAACGUAGUGUCCUGUAGAGGAAGUUAAGCUCCAUAUUCUUGCUGUUGGAUAAUAAUUUAAUAAAAAAAUGUCAGAUGUGAUUGUACUGCCACCUAGUGGUGCUAUGUUGCUACGUCCGUGUGUUACUCAAGGCGUUUCAAAAAAACAAAGAAAAAAAUGAGGAAGCAAACUUUGUGUCAGUGUUU